AAGGAAAAGACCCAGAAGAAUGUAUACUGCCAUGGAACCCACCCUGUUUUUAAUGUUAAUUGCAGAAGUAUUUCAGGAUAUUGGCUCAGUGUCAGCUCUAUCUACCACGGCGACGCCUCCAACUCCAGGACUGUCUCUCAGACUUGCCGGCACGUACAACUAUUGUGAAGGACGUGUGGAAGUGUAUUAUGAAGGAGCCUGGGGAACUGUCUGUGGCAACAACUGGGAUAUAAAAGAUGCUCAGGUCGUUUGCCAACAGUUAGGAUGUGGGAAUGCUGUAGAAGCCCUGUCCUGGCCUAAAUUUGGCUCAGGCUCAGGCAAAAUUGUCUUAAGUGACGUACAAUGCAAAGGAGAUGAAUUUCUUCUAUGGGAUUGUGAGAACUCUGGAUGGGAUGUGCAUAACUGCAAUCAUCAACAAGAUGCUACUGUUCUCUGCACAGAUGAAAAGUAUAAACCAGCUGGAACAGAAGGAGAUGUGUUGCUUGUGCAGCUGGUGGGUGGCCCACACCGAUGUGCUGGUCGUGUUGAAGUCACUUAUUUUGGCAACUGGAGAAAUGUGGUUUGUAGUGAAGCUUGGGACAUAAGUGAUGCUCAGGUUGUCUGCAAUGAACUGUACUGUGGCACUGCUCUUUCUGCCUUGAGCGAUGGCUCUUUUGGUAAAGGGAACGGCGGCCCUUUGAUGACUAAAGUAGAUUGCUCUGGGUCGGAAGAUUAUUUAUUGUCAUGCCCAUAUAAAUAUCGUCCUGCGACAUGUGGAAAUUACAACGAUGCUGUUGUUAUAUGCUCUGAGUCUGGAUUGAGACCAACUGGAAUGCCAGGUUUUGGAUCAAACCCAACUUUUGCUUAACAGGUAAGUUGCCAAUUAAUUGGGAUAUUAAUAAUAUAUAAUAAUAUUAAGGCUGAUUACCGAACAUUUUGUAAUGACCAAAUUCAGGGAAGCAAAAUUUACACACAUUUGGAAUUAGUUUUAGGGUUGGGGAAUUCUUGAAAUCCACACGUCUGAAAACUGCUAAGGUUGAGACACACAAGUUAGAGACUUUUCCCAUUUUUUUUCACUCAGUUCUUCCCCCUAACCCCUUCGCCAAUCUUCUCAUUUUCAUUGAUUCAACAUCAACUCCCUCUUAGAUUUUUUUAGGAAUUCUAAACUUUUACAGUACAUCUAUAUUCCAGAAAUUUGUCUUAAAUAUUUCCCAAGUGCAUUUCUAAAUUUUGCAGAUGUUAAACAGCAUUUCCCAGGUUAUUGCAUGUUCCUUGGGAAAAGAUACAAAUCCAGCCAGGGGUAUAUCAAGAUCCUGUUGGGCCUAAACAUGUGGGUUCCUGUUGGAAUAAUCCAGAUCAUCAGAAUUAUAAAGAUAUUCCAUGGAUCUAUUUUUUAAAAAGUUCCAGGUAAUAAGUGGCAGAUAAGGAGUAACAAUCCCUUAAUUAUUUUAUUCAUUUUUAUUUAUUACAUUUUUAUGUUUACUGAUAGGAUGUAUAGUAUGGCUUUUCAAUUUGUUAUUUGUUGUUUUAUUUUUAUUGAUAUUUUUGUACGCCCAAAUAAUUUUGUAUGUCCUAGGCAUACAGCCUAUUGCAUCUAAAUAGAAUAUAUGCCAUAAACCCAGCUGGAAAUGAUAAUAAAGAGAAUACUUGAAGCAGGAACUAUCAAGAUUUGACAGAAAAUUGUCAGGAAGUUCCUGCAAAAAUGGUUUUAGUUGGCAAGUCAAAAUAAUCUACUAAUUUAGUCAUUUUGCACUGACUGAUCAAAUAUUCCAUGGCAGAAUUCUUUCCAACCAGUUAAUCAUCUUCAGCUACAAACUAGUCAUUGCUGGUUUUCUCUCAGAAAGUUUUCAUAUAUUUGCACAUCAUAGUACAUAAUGAUUCUUGGGAUGUAAUUGCCUUUCCAUAAAACUAUAGAUUAGUGGUUUGAUAAAUUGUCAAUGUAAACUGUGCGUUUCUCCAAUUUCAGUACACUGACUUUGGAAGAUUAUGUUGUUAUGCAUUGACUGAGGAAGCACAUGAAUAGCUCACAGAUCUGGAAUGAACCAUCAGCUGACUUCACAUUGAUCUAUUAAGGUUAGGCUGCUGAUGAAGCAAAUCAGUGGCCUUUGAUACUAUGUAAAAGUCAACUCAAUUAGAGAACAUCCUGUACAAUGACAAAAAAAAAGCGUAGACCAUGAGCCUAUUAUAUUUCUUACAUUCACAAUAGUACAUCCUGGAUGGAACUAUCAAGGGACAGUAAUGGGCUCCUUUAUAUGAAAAUUAUGAAUAAAAGCAUUGGCUUAAUAGAGUAAGCAAGAAUGUUUGUGCAUGUGCAUUACAUAGUAUAUAGUAAAAUCAAUGGUAUUUCAUCUUCAAACUAGCCUUUAUCUUAAAAAAAUAGAACAAAUUUUUAUCAGCAAUAACACAUUAUAUAAGUGAAAGUGCUUUAAUUAUAUUACAGUAGGUUUUUUUUAAAAAAAUCAGCAUAGGUUCAGGACUUGCAUGUGUACAAGUCAUUUAUUUCCAAUAUUUUUAUAUUGUUAACAGUUGUAUUUCAGGAAAUAUCAAGCUACUAAGAAUGGAAUACUGCAAUGUAAGUUAUACAGGUGGUUUACCUUGCAGAUUAGAAUGGAUGAUGGAGUAAAAAUACAUAAAAAAUAAUAUA